CUCAAAUUUUAGACGACACAAUCUGCUUCGACACUCCGCAGGACGCAGCCUCCGCUAUCGCCUCAGGUUCAGGUGACACCGUGACAAGGUCUUCUGUAGCAAUGAUCAAUCAAUCACUGCUACUAAAGUUGAUUCCUCAUCCUGAAAUCAAGAAAGGGGACACUCUUCUUAGGAUCUCGUGAGGUUAUUUGCUUUGAACUUGAAUCAAAUCAUUGCAUAUUGAGGACACUCUUCUUAGGAUCUCGUGAGGGAUGUCAAUUACUGUAGAAAAACCUGAGGAAGGAGAUCGACUGGUAGAAGAAGAAGUUGAAGAUGAAGAAGAAGAGGAGGAGCUUUCAUGGUCGUCAGACUCUGAAGUCGGGGAUGCUUUGGACUAUUUAGAUGCGAAGGACGACACUAAUACUGUAGAUGGAGCUUUUACGCUCCAUGCAAGGCGUCCCAAUGCUCAUGGAGGGCUUCAUUCUCGUCCUAAUACGUCUUCACUCCAACCUCUCUCGAACAGGAAUCAGAAGUACUCCAACCACAUCAGAGCUUCUCCUUUAGAGGAAUGGGAGGGAAGAUUCAAUGUUGGCAUGUCAAACUCCGUGACAACUGCAAUUCGUGGAAGUGUUCGAGAAAUGGCCAUUGGUAAAACUAAAACAACUGAAAAGGCAGAUCGUGCUACUGUUGAGCAGGCAAUUGAUCCUAGGACUCGCAUGGUUUUAUUCAAAAUGCUGAAUCGGGGUGUAUUUCAUGAUAUCAAUGGCUGCAUUUCAACUGGGAAAGAAGCAAAUGUUUAUCAUGCUACAAAGUCUGAUGGGCAGGAACUGGCGAUCAAAGUGUACAAAACUUCUGUACUUGUAUUCAAGGAUAGAGAUCGGUAUGUACAAGGUGAUUACCGUUUCAGAUAUGGAUACUGCAAGCACAAUCCCAGGAAGAUGGUUAAAACAUGGGCUGAGAAAGAAAUGAGGAAUCUUAUGAGGCUAAAGACUGCAGGAAUCAGGUGCCCAACUCCUCUUAUUUUGAGGCUUCACGUUUUGGUCAUGGAGUUCAUAGGCACGUCAGGUUGGGCGGCACCUCGACUUAAGGAUGCUGCUUUAUCUCUUGACAAGCUACGAGAAGGUUAUGUGGAGAUGAUUAUGGCGAUGAGAACAUUGUAUCAGAAGUGCAAGCUUGUGCAUGGAGACCUCAGUGAAUAUAACAUACUUUAUUUUGAGGGGCACUUGUAUAUUAUCGAUGUCUCCCAAUCAGUUGAUCUUGACCAUCCUCAUGCACUUGAUUUCCUUCGUGAAGAUUGUGUUCAUGUCUCUGAUUUUUUCAAAAGACAUGGUGUAGCUGUUAUGACAAUUCGAGAAUUGUUUGAUUUCAUAGUUGAUCCUUCUAUUACUGAUGAAUCAAUAGACAAUUAUUUGGAGGAGGUUCAGCAAAAAAUUUUGGCCAGAGGAGACAUGAUUUCUGCAGAGGACGAAAUUGCAGACUCUGUAUUUGUACAGGCAUUCAUACCAAAGACACUAGUAAAUGUGAAGAAUGCUGAGGCGGAUAUAGAUCGCAUUACUAGUGGCCUGGAUACCGGAGAUAUAUACUAUCAGACGAUUACAGGGCUCAAACAUGCUCUUUCCACUGCGCAUCCUCCAGCAAUAGAGGCGGCACAUCUGAAGGAAGAGAACCUGAAACUAGAGUCCACUGCUCGGCCUGCUACGCAUCCUAAUCUGCAUGAUAGCGAAUCAGAAUCCGGAACAGAUGAAGAUGAUGAUGAAGAGAACUCCAGUGACUCGGAAGGGCGGGGGUCUGCAUAUGAGGAGGAGACAGAGUCUCCGAUUGAUAAGAAAGCCGUUAGGAAAGAGAACAAAAAGAAAGUCAAAGAAGAGAAGAGGGAAGCCCGGAAGACUAAAGUACCGAAGGCUGUGAAGAAAAAGAAGAAAAAGUUGGCCAAGGCCAAGAAGUAUAGGUAGACAGCUUCUCAUCAUUUAGUUUGUGUGAUGAGAAACAAUUUUGCAGAAAUAUAUUAUGUAUUCUAAGUUAAAAGUUCAAUUUUUUUCUUUUCUUUUUCUUGCUA